CUCUCUCUCUCUCUCAAAUAUUAUUUUCUUCUACACCAACACUCUUUGAAUUCUCUCUCCAAAAAUUCAACCAUUAUAUUUCUUCUUCUUCUUCUUCUUCUUCUCUCUCCUAUCAACAAAUUUUACUUUAAUCUGUACCAACAUUCUUCCAUUUCUCUUAAAAAUUCAACCAUUAUAUUCCUUCUCUCCAAAAAAAAAAAAAUUCAAUCUCUCUCUCUCUCUCUCUCUCUCUAACAAAUUACAAUUAUGAAUGAUAAAGAAAAACGCCCAUUUAUCACAAAUUUGGGGUUCUUCAAUGGCCAUUUGUAUCUCCAUAGCCUAAUCAGACAUCUUCUCUUCUUUAGUUUCGGUUUAGUCAUCGGUAUCUCAGUCAGUUUCUAUCUCAAAGAUCUACCCAUAACCUUUCUUCGCCAACAACUCGCCGUUGAAACACUUUUUCAACCAUUACCACCUCAAGAUUUUCUCCCACAACCUCAAACACCUCAUGAAAUCUUGACACAAACACAACCAAUCAUAGAACCUAAUCAUGAAAAUCAUCCCAUUCCAGCUAAAAAAACGACUCGAAUCGGCAUAAAAGAUUUUAUAAAGCCACAUGCAAUGCAUGACAUGGAAGAUGAAGAGUUGCUAUGGAGAGCUUCAAUGGUUCCUCAUGUUCAUCAAUUUCCGUUCAGGCGUGUCCGAAAGAUCGCUUUCAUGUUCUUGACACGUGGGUAUUUGCCAUUGGCUCCUCUUUGGGAGAGAUUCUUUGAAGGGAAUGAAAACUUGUUCUCCAUUUAUGUGCAUGCCCUACCAUCCUUCAAUGGAACAGUGUCCAGUGAAUCGGUGUUUCAAGGCCGGAGAAUCCCUAGCAAGCCAGCAGAAUGGGGAAAAGUCAAUAUGGUAGAAGCAGAGCGUCGCUUACUAGCUAAUGCUUUACUCGACUUUUCAAACGAACGUUUUGUUCUCCUUUCUGAAUCAUGUAUCCCCCUCUACAACUUCUCAACCGUCUACUCUUAUAUCAUGAACUCAAACAAAACCUUCAUUGAGGUCUAUGACUUACCAGGCGCAGUAGGCAGAGGGCGGUACAAUCACAAGAUGAGGCCAAUAAUCAGAAUUGAGCAAUGGCGAAAAGGGUCUCAGUGGUUCGAGAUCAACCGUGAGCUUGCCAUUGAGAUUGUUUCCGACCGGAAAUAUUUCCCGUUGUUUCGGAGAUAUUGCAAGCCUCCAUGUUACUCAGAUGAGCACUACGUGCCCACAUUUGUGUAUAUGAAAUUUGCUCGAAAAAAUUCAAACAGGACUUUGACUUGGGUUGAUUGGGCAAAAGGCGGGCCCCACCCGACUAGGUUUGUUAGAACAGAUGUGACACCUGAUUUGUUGAUGAGAAUGAGGAAUGAAGGACACUGUGCAUACAAUGGGAGGAGAAUCAGUAUGUGCUACAUGUUUGCUAGGAAGUUCUUGCCUAGUACUCUGACUAGGUUAAUGAUGUUUGCAUCAAAGGUCAUGUUUUUCUAAACAAUGUUUAGGUUUUUGUUUUUAUUUGUGUUUUUUUGUUUUCUUUGGUUAGUCAUUUAGGGCACAGUUUAAAAGCACCAUUUUUUUUUUUGGGUCCAAAUUGGACCAAUUUAUUUGAACAUAAAUUUGUUAAUUUAUGUCAAUUAUUUUGA